CUUUAAAUCCAAGAUGGCUGCGCACCACCGACCCUCCGCAACAAUAGAAGUGUGUAUUUGCAACAGUGUCUGGAGGAUAAAUUUGCAAUUCCUGGAGACACCUGAUCAUCACGGAAAAAUGGGAAACCUUGCUCAUGAAUGGAACACACCAACUUGCACCUGCAAGCACAGUUCCUGUCAAUGAGGAGCAAGUGUAUGAGAGAGUAUGCUGGCCUGGAUUCAAUCUAUUUUUCAGCAGCCAACAACUUUGAAAACAAGAUCCAAAGAAGACUGUAUGUUUCUGGUGAAUUAAUUGCAACUAUUAGUUGACCAUGAAUCAGGAUCUUGAUGUGAUUGGUCAUUUUUGCAAUUUUAAAAGACAAUGAGAGAUAAUUCAAGAAAAGCUGCAACGUGAACAAAUUAAUUAUCAACACUACUGAAUUAUUAAAAAGCACAAUGCGGGUUAGUUUUUGCCAGAUGCUACUGACUGGGGCAAUAAUGAUUAAUCUCAUCGUUCUCUACUAUGUCUCCAGAACUCAGCAGCAAAUGCUGAAACACAAAGUCCCAGGGAAGGCUGCCUCCAGGAAACUAGCAGUUUCAAGAGUCACUGGGAUCACUGUACUAAUACGAGAGUUUGAAGACUUUGAGAAUUGGGUAGUAGGUGUGGUGCAGUCUUUCCUGAAGCAAAGACCAGACCAGCCCAUUGUUGUGGUGGCUGACAAACUACCAUACCCACCACUGGACCUGCCCAAUAAGCAGAACAUACAGGUCGUGCUAUUGAAGGCAUCUCCAGAUCAGCCGUACUAUGUCACCAGACCUGAAUUCUACAUCAACACUGAGUACACCCUUCUGGUGCCUGACGGGGUGCAAUUGGACUCAACCCAACAGCUUGACCAUCUUCUUCAGGAGUUUGAGGCCAACAAAGGAAAGGUUCAGAUGGUAGCAGCUCCUAUUCAGAAUGGGGAAACAUUCCACUGUCAAAACCUGCGAGUUAGUCUUAAGGAGUGGACUGCCGUCUAUCAGCUUUCUCCUGCCCAGGUUUGCGAUGCCAUUGACGGAGAUGCAGUGGUUCUUCUUCGAACCGAGGAUUUGUUCAACUUCUCUCAGCCCAUGACAAGGCCGCUCUUGACAUCCCUCUUUGUCCAGUCUUCACUGCAUGGCUGGAAGGUGAAGAUGGCAGAGAAUGUGGUGUUCUCGUCGUACCACCGCUCUUUGUUCAUGUCAGCCCAUAACCGUUGGAAGGCAGACAUCAACACAAAAGCAAGGCUGUCCCAACUCUUCAAAGACUUCGGCAUGAAGCAUGUGGUGCAGCCCAAUGGAAAGGAGCAGUGGUAUGGCUGCAACAAAGACACUCCUCGCUGUUUCAGGACAGUGCAUGAUGACACGCCUGAGUACCUAUAUGAAAACAGGUGGACUCCACCUUGUUGCCUCAAAGCCUUGCGCGAGACCACCAAGUAUGUCAUAAACAUCUUGGAGUCCUCUGGUGUCCGCUACUGGCUGGAGGGCGGAACUCUUCUGGGAGCAGUCCGUCACCAGGACAUCAUUCCAUGGGACUAUGACGUGGACCUUGGGAUUUAUCUGGAUGACGUGGAAAAUUGCGAAUUUCUAAGGAGCCUGGACUCUGGAUCGGUUGUCGACGAGAAUGGCUACGUGUGGGAAAAGGCAGUGGAAGGUGACUUCUACCGUGUGCAAUACAGCGAAAGCAACCACUUGCAUGUUGACUUGUGGCCUUUCUAUGCCAGAGAUGGAAUCAUGACCAAAAACACGUGGAUGGACCACAAACAGGACAUGGAGUUCCCAGAGCACUUCCUGAAACCACUGGUCCCCAUACAGUUUGCUGGAAUAACUGCUCUUGCACCCAACAAUCACAGGCGCUUCCUAGAAUUGAAAUUUGGAGAGGGUGCCAUCGAAAAUCCUGAGUACCCAAACCCUGCCAGGAAAAAGUUAGAGAGGAAGGACUAAAUGCAGAGGAUAUUAAUUAGCAAUAAGGACUGGUAGAAUCCUUUGAAAUGUUAUAUCACAGAUAAUUAUUGUUCCACAUUUAUUUCUUCCUCCCCAUUUUCUCUCCUGAAGACACUGCAUCUUCCUGGGAGAUAGUUCCAGGAAUUAUGGUGGCAUUAUCUGGGGAUUCAGAUAGAGAUAGUGAGGAAAUCAGUGGAAGAUGGGAGACUUUUACUCCUUGAUAUCCGCACUCACUUCCUUUCCAAUAGGUAGUGCUGUAUCACUGCAGCAUCUGGAAACCUGGAUGAUCUUAUCCCCAACCAACCUGAGCUGACCACAGACAGAUUAAACAUGAGACCUUUUGUCCUAGCUCCAGUGUUGCACCAUGUGGUCACAGAGUCAUACACAGAAACAGAUCCUUCGGUUGAACCAGUCUACACCAACCAUAAUGGGAGAAAGUGAGG